GUUCGUGAUUUCUCAUUUCCUUAACGGAAAGCUUAAGGCUUUAAUCAUUAUAUCUCUUCUUCUACCUAUACACGACUCUGAAUUAUCAUCUUCUCCUGCUAGCUCCUGAUUUCUUCUCUCCUGAGCUUGAAGGACAAUGAUUCAGCUAAAGGUUUACGCGGGUCUGAGUACUCUCGCGACAUUGGUUGUGAUAUAUCAUGCUUUUAGUAGCAGAGGUCAAUUUUACCCAGCGACUGUGUAUCUAUCAACGUCUAAGAUCAAUUUGGGUUUGCAUUGGAUGGCUCAAAAGAGAGUGGAGUAUAUUGAGACUACUCCUUCUGUGACUUUGCUCUCUCAUGUCCGUAUAGUUUCUUUUAUGGUUUUCCUCCUUAUCUUAGAUUGUCUCCUUACGUAUAGUUCUAUACAGCAAUUGAUUCAGUCACGUAAAGCUUCAAUGUCAGUCUUCUUCACGUUUGAGUAAGUGUCUUUUACCUCUUACUUAUUUUCAUGGAAUCAAACUUUUUUUGUUGGGUUGAUGUUACUAAGACGGGCUAGGAUUCUUAUAGAGUUGAAAAUUUAUGAAGGAUAUACGCGCAUUUACAUGUUUUCAGAGCGUUAGGUUGUUUUGGCUGCCAAGAAUUUGGGCUGAAUUUUGAAAUGUUUGAAAGUUUUUGCACCUGCCAAAACUUGUGAAUUUGACGUAGCUGAGUUACAUAGGAGAAGGAUCUCUAAUAAAUCAUCUUUCAGGAUUUUAUUUGGUCUACGAUAACUGACCUUUCGGUUUAGAUAUCAUUGUAGCCCUAUAUUUGGAUAGCUAGUAUGUUUUAAAUCUCUAUAUACAAGUAAAAAUAUGGGAACUAUUACUAUUGUGAAUAAUAACUCUGAUGUUUGUUUGAGCUCUUUUGGUGUCAGGAAGAACUAACUAUAUGGGAAACUAUUGUGAAUGUGUUUUUCUAUGAACCUUACUUAAAGGCCUCUUAGAUACUGUUUUAGUUUCUAGGAUCCUGUUUAAUUAUCCUCCUAGUUUAAAGCUUAUGCCAGCUAUCAAACACAAAAGAUACAUGAAACAUCUGUCGAAAAUAGCUGAAUAUAUGGGGGAAGGGCUCAGGUAUAUGAUUCUGGCAACAACAACUGUUUCUAUUAUUGUGAAGUAUGCCUUCUAUGUCACUGAUAUGCUCAAGGAAGGUCAAUGGGAAGGAAAACCAGUAUACACUUUCUAUCUGGAGCUUGUUCGUGACUUGCUUCACUUGUCCAUGUAUCUUUGCUUCUUCCUGAUGAUAUUCAUGAACUAUGGCCUUCCCUUGCAUCUAAUACGGGAGCUCUACGAAACGUUCAGAAACUUCAAGAUUCGUGUGACUGAUUACCUUCGAUAUCGGAAAAUCACUUCCAAUAUGAAUGAUCGGUUUCCUGAUGCAACUCCUGAAGAACUUAGUUCAAAUGAUGCCACUUGUAUCAUAUGUCGUGAAGAAAUGACCUCAGCGAAGAAAUUAGUAUGUGGCCAUCUAUUUCAUGUACAUUGUCUUCGGUCAUGGUUGGAACGACAGAACACAUGUCCCACUUGCAGAGCACUGGUUGUCCCAGCUGAGAAUGCUACAUCAACAGCUUCUGGAAACCGUGGGCCACACCAAGAAUCCCUGCAGCAAGGAACCGGUACUUCAAGUUCUGAUGGUCAGGGUUCUUCUGUUUCUGCUGCUGCCAGUGAGAAUAUGAGCAGGCACGAGGCUAGGUUUCAAGCCGCUGCUUCUGCAGCCUCUAUAUAUGGGAGAUCCAUUGUUUAUCCAUCUUCUGCAAACACACUAGUAUGGUAUGUUUGAAAGCUAUACCCAAAUAAAUAACACAUAGCUUGCAUAACAAAUAUAUUCAGACAUGAUCACUGUAGCUUAAGUAAGCUAUUAUGGUGCCAGUUUCUCUCACAUGUCUUUCUUUCCACCUGAACAUAUCCAUGUGAUGGAUGUCCUGCAUAUGUCAUGUCUCAAGGUAAUUCAUUACUUCCUCAGACGGAGGUAGAAGCUCAAAGAAGAUUUCUUGAGUCCCAAAUCGAGGUGUUAACGAACCAACUUCGGCUUUUGGAGAAACCGACAACUGUAGAUACGAAAGGAAAGUCCGUUGCGGAUACUGCAUAGUGGUGAACCAUUAACGCAAAUGUGGUGGUCUCAUCAGAGGUCAUUUGCGUAAACAAAAAACAAAAUGUGGUAAAGAAGAGUUAGGAUUUCGGAGUAAAGAGAGAAGUAAGAGUAAACUUCAGAUUGUGUGAAUGGUUUUGCUAUAGAGAGGAUUUGAAAAUGUAAAUGUUGGGUGUCUCAUAGAAGCUUGGAACUUAAAAGUAGCAAACUGGUCUUCUGUUUACCUUACCACACUUGUCUCUCUAUCUAUAAUAGUUUUUCUUUAAGUUUG